UCGGGGGGAAAAAAGUAUUUGUAUUGUAUUUGUGUACAUCUUUAAAGUGUAGAGGUCAUAGUUGAUGAGCCUGGAAGUAAUACGUACAUGUGUUAGGGAGGCACUUCCUGGCAACCUGCAUUGCCCCUAGUGUGAGGGCGAAUCUGCAGAGACAUGCGCCUGACACGGCUUCUUUCAGUGGCCUCCAAGGUCAAAUUACCGCAUGAUUAUCGUUAUGGAAUGAGUGAUCCGUCAACUACAGCUGCAAAGAGAAGAAAUCCACCUGGCAAGAGACGGGCAAAGGUGUUUGUGGAACCUAUUAGCCAGGAGGACUGGAAAUAUUUUCAUGGUGAUACUGUACAAGUUGUUUUUGGUAAAGAUACUGGAAAACAAGGGAAAAUUACACAAAUUGUCCAUCCUCGCAACUGGGUAGUUGUGGAAGGUUUAAACACGCACUAUCGUUAUGUCAAUAAGACAGAUGACUAUAGGGGAACUUAUGUGAAAAGUGAAGCCCCACUACUUGUGAACCAGGUGUCUCUUGUUGAUCCUACAGAUAGGGAACCCACAGAGAUUGAGUGGCGUUUCACAGAAGAAGGGGAAAGGGUAAGGGUAUCAUUGAGAACUGGACGCAUCAUUCCCAAGCCAGUAGAACAGAGACGGGACGGCAUCAUCCCUGAGCAAUGGAAAGAUGGACCUAAAGACACAUCAGUGGAAGAUGCUUUAGAAAAGACUUAUGUUCCUGCUCUGAAAACUUUUCAAGAAGAAAUUAUGGAGAACAUGGGUAUUGUGGAAAACAGGCGAUAUAGGAAGUCCUUCUGGUAUUAAUGUAUAUGAAGCUAUGGAGCAGAGUGGAUCAUGGAUGUUUGUGAUAUUCUGCUAGCUAUGGAGCAGAUAAGAUAGGGCAAUAUCUGAAAGUUUCUUCGAGGACAAGGGAAUUGGAGCCUUACAACAAUCUGCUAAUAACAAGCGCAUAGAAAGAUAACCUUAUGGUUGAAUCACUUUCGUUUUGGGAAGCCUUUUAUGAACAUAAAUGCAGUCAGUGUAGGAAGUUAUCUGGCGCACACUUUGCUUUAUAUCAUGGUGGGAUUUUGACAUCCUGUGUUAUCAACUGCAAGUGCAAAACAUGUUCCUCUGUAUUUUUGGAUAUUCAGAAUGAAUUGUCAAAAUAACAAUCUCCACAAUAAGCAAUAAAUAUUUUUUUCUUUAAAUAA